UUUGAGGGAGGGACUCAAACGACGAUAAAUACAUUGUGAAUAAGCAUCUGAUAGUUGAGAGACAGUGAGGACGAGACAGACAUGAUGCGGUUGGGUUCAGUGUGGCUGGCUGCUGUAAUCGUUUCCUUUCCACUACUGGCACUCUGUCAACCCCUUUACAUUCUCUCGGCUCCGAAUCUGCUGAGGGUGGGAGCUUCUGAGAAAGUGUUUGUGGAGGCGCAGGACUAUGAUGGAGUAAAUCUGAAUGUUAAAAUCUCAGUGAGAAGCUCUCAGGGUAACAGGCCUGAACUGACGAGCACAUCAGUCACUCUGACCGCUGCCAAGAACUACCAGGAGCUGGUGGAGAUCGAGGUACCUGGUGAUGCAUAUUCUUUUGAGAAGGGAGUGCAGCAGUAUGCGUACCUUCAAGCCCAGUUUCCACAGAAGCUGCUGGAGAAACAGGUCAUGCUGACCUUCCAAUCCGGACAAAUAUUUUUACAGACUGAUAAGACCAUAUACACUCCAAAUAGCACGGUUUAUUACAGGGUGUUUUCACUGAGUCCAGGCAUGACACAGCCUCUCGAAAGUGGAGUCAGAGUGGAGAUCUUGACACCUGACGGCAUCAGUCUUCAGACUAAAUCUGUGUAUCCCAAAGGAGGAAUGACCUCAGGAACAUUCAGCCUCACUGAUCCAGCCAGUCCAGGGAUGUGGAGAGUCGUGGCGUGGCACCAGAACAGUCCACAAAAGAACUUCUCCAGUGAGUUUGAGGUCAAAGAAUAUGUCCUGCCCAGCUUUGAGGUGUCCGUGAAACCACAAAAAGCCUUUUUUUACGUCGAUGAUAACAGUCUAUCAGUUGAUAUUGAGGCCAAGUAUUUGUUUGGGGAGAAGGUCAAAGGUCAUGGAUUUGUUGUAUUUGGUGUGCUGACUGAAGAUAAAGGGAAAUUAAGUAUACCAGGUUCCUUACAGAGAGUAGCGAUUUGGGAUGGUACUGGAAGAGCAGAGCUGAAGAGGCAACACAUCCUGGAAACCUUCCCAGACAUAAAGCAGCUUGUUGGCCAAUCACUGUACAUCGCUGUCAGUGUGUUAACUGAGACUGGAAGUGAAAUGGUGGAGGCUCAGAGAAGAGGCAUUCAAAUUGUGACAUCACCGUACACCAUCCACUUCAAAAGAACGCCACAAUUCUUUAAACCUGGAAUGCCCUUUGAUAUCUCGGUUUAUGUGACAAAUCCUGACGAGACGCCUGCUAAAAAUGUGGAAGUGGAGGUCAACCCUGGAGGGGUCAGCGGUCGAACCAAAGACAAUGGCAUUGCGAAGGCUACCAUCAAUUCUCAGGGAGGAUCUGCUACAUUGGUGAUCACUGUAAAGACCAAAGACCCACAAUUAAGCUCUGAACAGCAGGCAGUGAAGAGAAUGACUGCUCAAGCCUACGUGCCCAAAGGUGGCUCCGGAAACUACCUUCAUAUUGGCACUGAUGCUGCAGAGCUUGAGAUUGGUGAUCAAAUGAAAAUCAAUUUGAACCUGGGUAGAAGCCCUGGAGUCAGAGAGCAAGAUUUCACCUACAUGAUCAUAAGUAAAGGGCAGGUUGUGAAUGCCGACAGAUUUAAGAGAAGAGGACAAUCUUUAGUGACUCUGUCUCUACCUGUAACCAAAGAUAUGGUGCCCUCCUUCCGCUUUGUGGCUUAUUACCAUGUGGGCUUGUCUGAGGUGGUGUCUGACUCAAUCUGGGUUGAUGUGAAGGAUACGUGCAUGGGAACGCUUAAAGUGGAAGUUCAGAAUGCAGUGAGAGUUUAUGCACCAGGUGAAGAGUUUAGUAUGAGAGUAACAGGAGACCCUGGGGCAAAGGUCGGGCUGGUGGCUGUGGAUAAAGGUGUUUAUGUCCUCAACAACAAGAACAGACUCACUCAAACAAAGAUCUGGGAUGUUGUUGAGACACAAGACAUUGGCUGCACGGCUGGAAGUGGAAAAGACAGUAUGCAGGUUUUCAGUGAUGCUGGUCUGCUGUUUGAGUCCAGCACUGCUGGAGGAACCAGUGUCAGAACAGAUCCAGUUUGUCCAUCUCCAUCUCGUAGAAAACGUAGAGAAACUAUAACACAUCUCUGGGAGUCUCUAGUGAAGAAAUACUCUGGCCUUCAGAAGGACUGCUGUAUGGAUGGAAUGAAGAAUAUGGUCGAUUUGACGUACACCUGUGAAUAUCGAGCAAGAUUCAUUGUGGAUGGAGAGGAAUGCAAACGUGCUUUCCUGCACUGCUGCACUGAGAUGACCAAACGCAAUGAAGAGUCGACUAAUAAGGCAGACCUGACUUUAGCUCGCAGUGAAAACGAGGAGUUCACGAACUCUGAUGACAUCGUGUCACGUACACUCUUCCCUGAAAGUUGGCUUUGGGAGGAAGUGAUAUUGCCCAACUGUCCGUCAAUUAACAGCAACUGUCAAACAACAUCCCUUCUCAGAGACAGACUGCAGCUGAAAGACUCCAUCACUACCUGGGAAAUCACGGCCAUCAGCUUGUCCAAGACUCAUGGUAUCUGUGUUGCUGAUGUCCAUGAGAUGAGAGUGGUGAAGGAUUUCUUUAUUGACCUAAAGAUACCAUAUUCAGCCGUACGCAACGAGCAAAUUGAAAUCAAGGCCAUUAUUCACAACUUGUAUAAUUCAAGAAUAAAGGUACGUGUGGAAAUGAAAGAAACCAAGGACGUCUGCAGUCUGGCCAGCAGAAAAGGGAAGUUCCAAACCGUAGUGAUGGUAGAAGCAAAAUCAUCCUAUUCGGUUCCUUUUGUCAUCAUCCCAGUUGUUUUGGGAAAGCACACCAUAGAGGUAAAGGCAUCUGCCUCAGGACGUGCCAGUGACGGAGUGAAGAAAAAUCUCCUGGUGGUGGCUGAAGGCAUUUUGACUAAACUUGGGAAAAAUUUGCAAUUAACCCCUUCUAAAAAAGGUGGUCAACAUGAGGAGGUGAUCAAGAGCCUCAUACUAAGUGAUCAGGCACCCAACACACCUGUGAUCUCAUAUAUUACUGCAACAGGACAGCAAAUCAGUAUAACAAUUGAGAAAGCUAUUAGUGGUGCAGCCAUGGGCUCUCUGGUUAUUCAGCCUGGUGGUUGUGGAGAACAGAACAUGAUUGGCUUAACGAUGCCUGUCAUUGCAACACAUUACCUGGACAAAACCAAUCAGUGGGACACAGUGACGGCUGGGUUGAGACAGACAGCUCUAACCUAUAUAACAAGAGGGUACAAUCAACAGCUGGCAUAUCGUAAAGCUGACGGGUCCUUUGGCGCAUGGAUCUCACGACCAAGCAGUACCUGGUUGACAGCGUAUGUUGCUAAAGUAUUCGCCAUGGCUAGUGACAUCAUUAACAUAAACCAGGACAUAAUCUGCAGCGCCCUCAAGUGGCUCAUAAUUAACAAACAGUUACCUGAUGGAGUUUUCAGAGAAGAUGCUCCUGUUAUUCAUGGAGAGAUGACUGGGAACGUUCAUGGGCAAGAUACAGAAGCCUCGAUGACGGCAUUCGUUCUUAUUGCUCUGCAGGAGGGGAGAGGAAUGUGUGCCGGCAGUGUUUCUAGUCUUGCUAAUAGCAUAUUUCAAGCCACUGGGUACCUAAGAUCUCGAGUGAAUCAGCUGACUAAUCCAUAUGCGGUUGCCAUGACAUCUUAUGCUCUAUCUCAUGAAAACGCAUUUGACAAACAAGCCCUGUUAACAAAAGCCUCUGCAGAUGGCAGUCACUGGCCUGUUGCUGGAGGCAUUUAUUUUACUCUGGAGGCUUCAGCUUAUGCGCUCCUGGCUCUUGUAAAGGCCAAAGACUUUCAGAGAGCAGCUCCAAUUGUAAACUGGCUCAACAACCAGAGGCAGUCCAGUGGAGGAUAUGGGACAACACAGGCCACCAUCAUGGUGUUCCAGGCCGUAGCUGAAUACAGGAUUCAAGUGAAAGAGGUAAAGCUGUUAGACAUGGAGAUGAAAAUCCAGGUGUCAGGCAACCCGCAGCCCAUUGUGUGGAGGUUCGACAAAGACAACGCUCAUCUCACACAAACAGAGAAGAUCCUACCCAGCAGGGAGAUCAGCAUCGUUGCUAAAGGUUCUGGAGAGGCCUCUGUCACUAUUGUAACAGAGUACUAUGCGAAAUCAAAAGAGGGCAAUACUGUUUGCAAGAACUUCGAUCUGGAUUUGACAUUUGAAAGAGAGGAUCGAGUUACAUAUGCCGGAGCAAGUGAGAGUUAUAAACUCACAAUCAAUACCAGAUAUCUGUCAGCUGACAGAGAUGCCACCAUGUCUAUCCUGGAUGUAUCGUUACUGACGGGAUUUGUUGUGGAUGAGAAUGAUCUGAAAGCGUUGUCGACUGGACAUGACAGGCUGAUUCAGAAAUUUGAGAUGAAUAAACAACUUUCAGAGCGAGGAUCCCUCAUCAUCUACCUGGACAAGAUUUCUCAUAAAUGGAAAGAUAGAGUUGCCUUCAGGCUCCACAGGUUUAUGAACGGAGGUUUCCUACAACCAGCUGCUGUCACUGUAUAUGAAUACUACUCUAUAGAAAAUCGCUGUAUGAAGUUUUACCAUCCAUCCAGGAAAGAGGGAGCUCUUAAUAAAAUCUGUGAAAAGGACACCUGUCAGUGUGCUGAAGAAAACUGCAGUCUUCAAAGAAAAGAGGGAAUUGAUGAAGCUCAACGUAAUAAGAAAGCAUGUGAAUCUAUAAUGGAUUAUGUUUAUAAAGCUGUUCUGAUAAGCGAAGAUGAGGACGUUUCAACAAUAUAUUAUGAUAUGAAGAUUGAGCAAGUCCUCAAAACAGGGCCAGAAAAAGACAUCCUGGGGAAACGACGUAUUUUCACCAUACAGAUCUCUUGCAAAGACGCUUUGGCUCUAGAGCAGAACAAGAGCUAUCUCAUCAUGGGCCAGUCUAAAGAUGUGCAAGUGCAGGGCCAAAGCCGGUAUGGUAUGGGUGAGAGGACGUGGGUGGAGCACUGGCCCAGCAAGGAAGAGAGCAAGACAAGUGCUGAACUCAAAGUAAAAUACGACGGCAUGCAGAGUCUCCAGCAGGACCUGCUCUUCGGCUGUAGGGCAUAAGUCAGGAUGUCUGGCUUUACGUAAUGUCAGGCUUUAUGCUACAUAAUAACAAAUGAAAUACCGCUGUUCAAAAAGUGGUUCAGGAUAGCUUCACUUUGGAGAUUUUAGUUUUAAAUGCAAGUUAAAUAUGAUUUUGCACACUUUUGUUGCUUUUUAGUAAAUGUUACUGUUACUUAGCAGUAAUUUGUAC